ACUUUUACAUGGUCGAACAUAACACUCUACACUUCUACACGACCACAUGACUAUGUUACAUACAUUGUCAAUUCCUAUGCUAGAUGCCUCUAAGAACUCGUCUACGUUGUUCAUAAGCAAGCGCACAACGUUCCACAGCAGAGAAAAUAAGAAGAGUACGAAAGAAUUGGAAUUUUGUUUUGUUAUUACAAGUAGAACAAUUUUAUUCAAAAAGAAAAGAAUAGAAAAAACACAGCACAAAAUUCCCAUGGCAUCAAUACCCACUAAGCAAACGACUGUUACAAACCAUAAGCAAAGAAAAAAAAGCACAAAGCAAACAUCUUAAAAACCAAUCACACGUCUUCCCAAUUUACUUUAUACCUCUUCCUCUCUCCUCCAUUUUGCUUAAUUCUCAAGGCUUCUCUUCAUCACCAUCUUCUUCUUUCUGCAACUUUUUCAAUCAAAUACAAAUCCCCUGUUUCUGGGUUUGUUUGUGUUCAUCAAUGGCGGGCGGAGGGUUAUACACGAAACCCAAAAGGGUACCAACAACACAAACACAAAACAAAAAGAAACCAAGUAAGUUUUACUCUAAUUUCUUAUUCAAAGCCAUAAUUAUCACAAUUUUCUUAGUUAUAAUCACCCUUUUUCCUUCAGAAGCUCCUGAAAUUGUUAGCCCAUCAAUUUUUUCACGAUGGUGGGAGCUUCUUCAUUUAAUUUUUGUGGGAAUUGCUGUUUCUUAUGGUUUAUUUAGCCGUAAAAAGGUUGAUGAUGAUUCAGAGGGUGAUAAAUUUGAUACUGCUCAAUCUUAUGUUUCUAAAUUGCUUCAAGUUCCUUCUGUUUUUGAUGAUGAUGUUGAUUCCCCAACUGGGUCUCAUGAUAAUCAUAUUCAUAAUCCUUCUGUUUUUGAUGAUGAUGUUGAUUCCCCAACUGCUCAAUCUUAUUCUAUUUGGUAGCCUCGUGGUUUCAAAAAUUCCACAUGGAAGACAAAGGUUUUUUUAGUCUCUGUAGUGACCUCGUGGUUUUGCAUAUUAGAUUAUAGUGGCCUAAUUAUCAUUAAGUGGAUAACCAUUUACAAAAUGGUUCGGUUUUUUUUACCAUAUUUCAGGAAAAGACUAACCUACCCUUAAUUAAAUGAAUUCCCCCUUCCUUCUCAUUAACGGGCAAUCUCCUUCUUCUGUAAAUUCGACAGCCAUCAAUCAAAUAACCCAAAACUUUUCAUCUUCCUUCAACCUCCAAGAAUUUGUGAUCUGGGAAAGAGGGAUUAAAGAAUUCUAAGCUUAAAUUACAGUUGGUUGACGAUUUAUUGGCGAAAUUGCUGAGCAAUUGUUAGGAAAUAAUUCGUUGGAGUUGUUCGUUUUGUGGUGAAUUUUGUGGUUCGAAAUUUAGGGUUUGUUGGUGAAAUUCUGACGGAAAUCGCAACAUCGGGGAGUUCUUGCAGUUGCUGAAGUGAUAUACAGACCUUAAGCAAGAAUGGAUCAGUGUAUGCUAAAGUUUGCGUAUAUGGGUAAUGUAAUUGAAGUUUUUGUAGAAGAUAUUGACAAGGUUAUGUAGAUAGAUUUGAUCAUUGAGUGUGAGGAAGGGUUUAACAAAAAGAAUUUUGAGUUUCCUAGAUUCCCUAGCUUUCACUACUGCUAUAACAUAAAAGAUGUUAAGAUAACUUCUGACAGUGAUUUAAUGUCAAUGCUAGAUAGAUUAAAGGAUAGGGAAGAGAUUACUAUUUGGAUUGGUUGUGUUGACAAGCCUAUUGACUGUGUAAUUGCUGCUAUAAAGCUUGCUGAAACGCUUAAACAAAACCCUAGUGUACAUUUUGGUCCUAGCCCACCUAAGAAAAAUGCACCAAUUGAUGAUCAUGAGGAGCAGUGGAAUAAUAUUAGGGUUGAGAUGCAAUUACAACAACAUGCACCAGUUGAUGACAUUGAUGAGGGUGAGCAGGAGAGUGAACAGAAGAGGAAGAAAAAGAGUGCACCUAAAAUACAGAAACCUAAGAAACUACCUGUCAAGAGAAAGCUCCACCUACAUAAUGAUAAAGAAACCAUGCCCUCACAAACAACCUUCUCAAAUGCACCUGUGAUUCAAACACAAACAAACACAUCCUUAGAAAAACCCUCAAACUUGAAAUGUAACUCUGGUAUUGCCCUUCACAAGAUACCAAGAACUACAACUGAUAGGAAGAAGAUUGUCCAAACCAAUAAACCCAUGGUUGAUGCUAUGGUGGUGAGUGAGAGUGAGUUUAAUAAAGCAGUUAGAAGAUUGGAGGCUAGGGAUGCCCAAGUUGGGAGAACAUAUGAGACUGGUGAGACUAGUAGAGCUGCAGUGGAAGAUGAUAUGGAUGAGGGAGCUGAGGUGGAAGAUUACAUUGGUGAGGGUGCUGUAUUGGAGGAUUUCAUUGGUGAGGGUGAUGAGUUGGAUAAUGAAAUGAAUGAGGAUGCUCAGUUGGAUGAUGACAUGGAAGAGGAAGAAGAAAUUGGGUGUGUUCAGGACACAUAUGACCCAUACUCAUCAAACUGUUGGCAGAGAGGUCUUUAUGCAGAUGAAACUUAUUUCAGUAGGCUGUACAGAAAUGGUGAUUUUGUGACUAAUCUUGAGUUUGGCAAUAUAGUGUUAAAGCCCUGGAUGAUCUUUAGUGAUAAAGAGCAUUUCAUGUCUGUCUUUAGAGAUUAUUGCAUUCAAUGUGGUUUUGCAGUAGUAGUUGAUAGGAGUAGUCCUAGGAGGUUCACUGCUUCCUGUCUUGCUUUACUGUGGUUGGAGAAUUUAUUCAAGCAGGCUACCUGAUGGAGUCACAUGGGCUAUAAAGAGUAUAAAGAACCCUGAGCACACUUGUGGAGGGUUAGAUGAAAGGAAUCCCCUGGUAACUGUUAAAUGGGCUGCAGAAAAGCUACUUGAAGAUAUAAGGGCAAAUAAUGACAUCUCUGGGAAGACACUGAAUGAUCAGUUGUUCAAUAGGUAUGGAGUGCAUAUGGCAACCAGUACACUUUACAAGAUGAGAGGGGUAGCAUUGAAGGAGAUAAAUGGUGGCCAUGACACUUCUUAUGGGUAUUUGCCAAAGUACUGUGAGAUGGUUAAGGAAACCAACCCAGGAUCUGUAGCUAACUGUGCAUGGAAGCAACUUAAUCCCCCUGAUCCCUCCCUCACAUUCUCUAGUAUAUUCAUUUCAUUCAAGGCUGCCAUUGAUGGUGUUGUUGCAGGGUGUAGGAGUAUAGUGGGGGUUGAUGGAGCUCACUUGAAGGGACAUUUUGGUGGGGUCCUUCUGUCUGCUGUGGCUGUAGAUGGGAACAAUGAGUUGUUUCCUUUUGCAUGGGCUAUUGUCCCCAAGGAAGAUGGUGACAGCUGGAAGUAUUUUUUCUGGCACCUUAAGCAUAUUCUGUCAGGUUCUGGGAGGGGGAAUGGUUGGUGUAUUAUUUCAGACAGACAAAAAGGAAUAGAUGUGGCACUAAAUGAGCUAUGACCUGAAGUGGACAGGAGAUAUUGCUGCAAACACUUAGCCAAGAAUUGGAAAGCAGCAUUUCCUGGGCCUUUGAUGCAUUCACUAUUUUGGUUGGCAUGUAGUGCAACAUCUCCUUUCACCUUCAAAAAAGCAAUGGACAAGAUACAGGUUGUGAAUCCAAGUGCUUGUGAAUGGUUGGCUGAUCUGGGGGAGCAGUCAAGAUGGACGAGGCACAAAUUUGAUCCAAACAUUUGCAGUGAUGAGAACAAGACCAACUUUGUGGAGAGCUUCAACUCAACUUUAGGUAUAGACAGAUGCAGGCCUGUCUUAACACUUUUGGAAGGUAUUAGAAGAAUGUGCAUGGUUAGACUGUCAACAAGAAGACAAAGGUGCAACAAAUGGAAUGAGGAUGAACCAUGCCCUAACAUAGUAAAGAGAAUAAGGAGUUUGACCUUUGAAUCAAGAACUUGCAAAGCUUAUCAAUCAAGUGAGGGUGAAUAUGAAGUGAAGGAUGGGAAAUCUAUGCUACCUGUGUCACUACACAGGAAGACAUGUCUUUGUGGGGCAUGGCAAAUUUCAGGAUUGCCUUGCAAACAUGCAAUCAGAGCAAUCUUGGCUGCUGGAUUGAACCCAUACCAUUUCUGCAGCACAUGGUUCUCAGUCCAAACUUUUAAGCAAGCAUAUGCCAAUCCAAUACACCCUGUACCAGAUUUUGAGCACUGGCCAGAGAUUGAUGUGCCUACAAUACUACCACCUGUGAUGAAAAGAGCCAUUGGUAGGCCAUCUAGACAAAGAAAAAGGGCAGCUGAUGAACCAGACAAAGGGAAAAGGUCCACAACAGUCCAAUGUAAAAAAUGUAUGUGUUAUGGACACAACAAACAAACAUGUAAGAGUGGACUUACAGCAGCAGAGCAGAGAAAGGCAAGAGCUAAAAAUACAGCAAAGAAAACUUCUCAAUCCUCUAAACACAGUGCACCAAAGAGCACAUCCACAGCAAACCCACCAGACCCUCCAAGAAGAUUCACAAGAAGCUCAUUGCAGUCUCUUUCACAACCACAUCCCUCCAUUAACACAACUCAGACUUCAUAUGAAGCUACUCAAGGUCCAAGUAGCCAACCUGUUACUAGGACAAGGAAGGGUAACAAAGGAAAGAACAAAGUCUGAUAUGUCCUGUACCUUGAUGGAGUAGGAGCAAGUAGGAUGUUUGUUUUUGUAUGUCAGUGCAAUUGCUUGCAACUUUUGGUUGUUGAACAUAUGGUCUGUAUUUAACUAGAACAUCUUCUAGGCCAACUUUUGGUUGUUGAA